AAGCGGAAGCCAUGGCCCCUGGUUUUCACUCUCCACCCCCACACAAAACCAACUGGAUUAUGGAUCUCUCAUCCCCUCCAAACCCUAACCAUAUCUUUAAAUCCUCCCCCUUUAAUCCCUCCCAGGUCCCUGCUAUCAACGGAGAUGCAAUCCCCCGCACCUCUGUCCUCGUUUCCCUCCAUUUCCUGCUUUGUUCCUCCUCCGACAUAGCAGUAACCAGAUUCCCCUGUUUCUUCGGUUUGAUUGGACCCUUUCGAGGGAACCAUUUACCCGAGGUUCAAAGGGGGCGGAAUUGAUCGUGGUUUUUUGCAAAUUUCGGUUCUUGAGCUGAUUCCCCUGUCGAAGGGAUUCCAUCUUUGCUUCUGAGCAGAAAGUGGUAUUCCUUUGUGGGGGACGUCGGGCUGUGUAUGGGGAUUACGACGACGGUGGCUGGCAGGAAAGGGAAGGAAUUCCGUGAAUUGUCCAGGGAGACGACCGCAACUACCAACAGCAAGUCCAAGAAGAACCGCCGGAGGCAGAGGAAGAUGAUGCUGCCGAUACAGAGACUUUUCGACACCUGCAGGGAAGUGUUCGCCGGCAGCGGCACCAAUGUCGUCCCCUCUCCUCAGGAGAUCGAGAAUCUGAAGACGGUUUUGGAUGGAAUAAGACCGGAGCACCUCGAGCUUAGCCCUGAGAUGCCAUGUUUCAGGGUUAAUCAGGCUGAAGGGUCUCCAAUGAUAACAUACCUGCAUCUCUAUGAAAGCGAAAAAUUUUCGAUGGGAAUCUUUUGUUUGCCGCCUUCAGGGGUUAUCCCUCUUCAUAACCAUCCCGGGAUGACGGUUUUUAGCAAGAUCCUUUUUGGGACCAUGCAUAUUAAAUCUUACGACUGGGUUGUUGGUGCCCCUAAUAGCAAUUCUGUUGUGAAUCCUCCUCAAGCUGAGCCUCAUGGCCCACGCCUUGCAAAGUUGAAGGUGGACUCGAACUUCACUGCCCCGUGCGCCACCUCCAUACUCUAUCCUGCAGAUGGAGGGAACAUGCAUCGCUUCACAGCAGUGACGGCCUGUGCAGUUCUUGAUGUCUUGGGUCCACCGUACUCGGAUCCUGAAGGGCGGCAUUGCACCUACUACGACGACCACCCAUUCUCUAGGAUAUCAGUGGAGGGAGUAUCAAUACCCGAAGAGGAGAGAGAAGGAUAUGCAUGGCUCGAAGAAAGAGAGAGACCCGAGGGGAUAUCCGUAGUCGGUGCUCCAUACAGGGGUCCAAUGUUUGUGGAGAAUUGAUGAUAUCCCUUCUUAGAAGGAACACAGCCAUCUCUGUACCAUCCAUCAGUAUGAAAUCGAUGGCUGCUGCUGUGUCAGUGUAGCAGUGUGACUCCUCCUCUUCCACCCUUUUUUUUUUUUUUUUUUCGGAAUUUCUAAUUUUUGGGUUUUUUAUUCUUCCUCUUUGCUGGGACAUGAGGAGCACCUGGUGUUUUUCAAAAAAAAGAAAAAGAAAAAGAAAAAGAAAGAAAAAUCUCAUUUACAGCGUCUGUACAUAAACCCCCCAGAAAAAAGGAAAGGGACAGAACAGGAAAAAGCCAUGUCAGUUUUUUUCUUAUUUUCAAUGAGGAAUUUCCGGAUUGUUACUUUCACUUUUUCACUGCAAAACAAACCAUCAUGUCAUCUUAAGUUUUAGAUAGAUAGCUCUGUCUUCUCCGAUAGUUUAAGGAUUUAAAAAAAAAAGAAAAAAAAAGCCACGAAUCGAAGUAAAGCGUUGACCUUCUGUCUCCUCAAGA